CUCUUACUGUUCCGGUCCCCAAAGGUUCUGUCCUUGGACUUCUCCUAUUCUUGAUCUACACCUCUUCCUUGGAUCAGCUUCCCAUGGUUUCCAAUACCACUUCUAUGCUGAUGACACACAAAUCUACAGGGCGGACUGACUAUUUGGAAACUCGGGCACUGCCCGAGGGCCCAGGGUCAGUAGGGGGCCCCAUGAGAUGCCCCUGGUACCUUUUUCAUAGGCUUUUUUGAGUUUGGCCAAGGACACAGGGGCCCCAUGAUCCCCUAUUGCCCAGGGGCCCCAUGA